AUGACUCUUUUAUUUCAUCCAACUUCCAGAACUUUGGGCCAGAGAGAGGGAUGCAUCACUCCUCUGAACCUCCAGGAAGAUAGCAGAGUUCAGUCCGGUUUGUCGUCGAUUUUGGCCAGAAGUAACUCUUCAUUUGGUCAAAAACCUUCUUAUUCGACUAAUUCCGCACCGGCUUCUACUAGCCAUGACAUCUUGUCUCCUCCUUUGUCUCCUUAUCGCAGAGAGCCAGCAGCUGAGGAACUGAUCUUAUCUAACCAGAAAAGCUACAUUAACACUGUGCAACCUUUUAGAAUCGAGGAUUAUCGUAGUUACUCGCUCAAGGUGUGUCCCUGGAAAAAUGUUUCCGCUGAUUACAAAGAGAGACACUUGAGAUACUUGAGUCACUACUCUGCAUCUUCCUCUGGGUACAAUCUGUUCCCAAUGAGAUUGUCUGAGAGAAGGGACCGCGCUACUGCGCACAAGAAGAGACACCAGUCGCUGAGCUCAGAUUCCGACUCGGAGUCUGUGGAGCGUGUAAGAACUCGUAGAGUUGUGAAGGAGAGUCUGGUGCCGCUCUCUGAGAUCGAAUCGGACUCCAACUCGACCCCUUCGCUGCCACCAAAGAGAAGAAAGGUCAGAAAGGAGCCUCUGUACGUCGGCUCUCCUUUGGCUGCCCAACAGGCCGCUCUCAUCGAUGAGAACAUUCCUGAUUACUCGCCUGAUGCUGCCCUUACUUUGCCAAAGGGUAACAGUAGAUGCCUCAAGAUCGAGUGGAAGGGACAGCCAAUGGAUCUUCGCAACGAUCCAGAUGCCGAGAAAUUGCACCCGGCGGAGGUCAUUUUGGCUUCCACGUUGAGAUUGCCCUGCAAUGUGUACCUUGACUCUAAGAGACGUCUCUUCAGUGAGAAGGUGACACGUUUGCGUAGCGACAUGCCGUUCAGAAGAACGGACGCCCAAAAGGCGUGCAGAAUCGAUGUGAACAAGGCCAGUCGCCUUUUCGCAGCGUUCGAGAAAGUGGGCUGGCUCAACGAUGAACAUUUCCUGAAGUAUCUUUGA